CCCGACGGUCUAAAUUCCAGUCGACACAACUCUCAAUCCUUCCCCCGAACAAGGCCAUGGCGUUGGCGCCACAUCUCAGCCAAGGCAUCGCUAAAUACCUAUACAUUUUCGGAGCAGGUUACGUUACCACUGUCCUGAUCCAUAAUGGUAAACUAUCAGAUUUGCUCGGCGAAUUGCAGUCAUUGGUCAAGAGAAUAGAAAAAUCUGGGGAUGAAUCAGAUGAUUACUCUGAUGCUAUAGCUGCUCAGAUGCAUCGCUUGGGGAUGGAAGUUAGGCAGCUGGCCUCAGCAGGGCAGAUAACUCUUUUGAAUGGGGGAUCUGGAGGCAACUUAAUCCCUUUAUUAGUUCCAGCUGCUGCAAUAGGGGUAUUGGGUUAUGGUUACAUGUGGUGGAAGGGUAUGUCAUACAAAGAUCUUUUGUGGAUAACAAAGCAUAAUGUGACUACUGCUGUUGAGAACUUGUCAAAACAUCUGGAGUCUGUUUCAGAUGCCUUAUCUAAAGCAAAGAAGCAUUUGACAAAACGAAUUCAAAAGCUGGAUGAUAGAAUGGAGACACAAACGGAAAUCUCGAGAAAUGUUCAAGCAAAUGUGGAGGCAACCAGCAAUACUCUUUCUGAUUCUAAAUAUCAUUUGGGUGAGCUGCAGUAUUUGAUUUUUGGUUUGGAUGGAAAAGUGGACUCUGUGGAAACGAAGCAGGAUUUUACAAGUAUAUGUGUCCAUUACCUGGUCCAAAAGUUUGGUGCAGAGAAAAUUCAAAUACCCAGCAAUCUGCAGGAGCAGCUUAAACUUUCUACCAACUCACAUAAUCUCCUCCAACAUUCUAGGACUCCAUCAUCAAAGGUACCUUUUUGCAUUAAGAUGGUUAUUCUUAUCUUGUUUGUCUCAAGUGGGAGGGCUUGAGAAAAUGUUCUUUGGGGAGCCAAGAACAUCACUUGUAGUCUGUUCGGUAUAGCAGUUAAAAUUCAUGGAUAAAGUCAGUUGGACAUACCAUUUGUUGAUAUCAGUCAUCAAAUCAUGUUUCAAAUAUUAAUACGAGGGUUUUUCUCUUUGGAUGGAAAAAAAAUAAAAAAGAAUUGAAGGCAUAGCUGAACUGUGGAUUUGGUAGGGCUGAGAUCUGACCGUUUUGCUAACCAGGGUCUGAAAUUUAUUGUGGAUUCUUCAACUGAAAGCAUCAAUGAUUCUGGGGUAGAUGCUUUCAUGCAAAAUGGCAUUAGCAGUUUGGAUAAUAAGCAAAGAUCCUUACAAAGGGCUGUUCCAAACAAGGCGUUGAUCAAAGCUGUUGCCCUUUGAGAAGAUUUACCUGUGUAAUCAUGCAAGAAUGGGUUUUCCAAAUCAAAAUUAACUGUGGGAUAUUGGGUAACAUCAUAUUAGUUUUUUUCCCUUUAUGAACUUAAUUUAAGUUUGAUUAUCUUCUUCAUUCUUCGUCGUUUCUCAUUUCUCAUUAUUUAUAUAUAUAGACUUGUAAUUAAUAGUUUCUAUUGGCUUCAUUCUUUUAUGAAGUCAAUUUUCAUAGAACCAUGUAAUUAUAAAAUUUUGGUUUAUCUGUAUAGCAUAAUUAAAUGAUUAAUUCUUU